AUUGCGCAGAUGAAGCAACUGUAGACCAAACUGCUUUGUCGAGCUGCAUCGAGGCUAUCAACGCAGAUAUUGUUGCUUGUUUCCCUGCAAAAUAAACGGACCGCUGCUAACGGAUUAAUAUUGCAUCGCAACGCUGAAUGGACCGGCUCUUUUCGUAAUUUAAUUUCGUUGUUGUACUUUCAUCUCUUUUUUUUUAUCAUUGGAUUCUGCUCCUUGAGUCUUUUAAAGGAACCUAUAUUCUUCGUAAUGUUUUCUGUCAAUAAAUAAUAUCAAUA